AGAAAGCGGAAGUUAGGAAGACGCACCCACACACCCUGCCGCCGCACCCACCCUUCACGCAGCUACGGCAUGGCAAGUCGGAGCGGGAGCGGGAGCGGGAGUGGGAGCGGGAGCAGGAAAGGGGAAGACAACGACGACGACGGAACGGGCGCGUCGGGGGUCGGCGCGGCGCUUGCGGGGCGGAUGGCGCUCAACACAAACAAGGCUGGGAUGGGCAAGGUCGAUGCUGAGGCGGUCAACAAGAUCAUUAUGUCUAUGUCCGAGGGCUCGCGGUAUCUAGAGGCUGAGAAGGAGCGGCACGCCCGGACGGCAGUGCGCAUUGCCGACAUGAAGGCGCGGGCGAGCAAGAUCGGAGCGGUGCAGCGGGCCGGCAUGGCGCGCAAGGCAGCAGUCAUGCUAGAGGCGCUGGAGGCUGAGCGCGAGCUGGGCACGACCAUGGUUCUUGUCGACAUGGACAUGUUCUACGCCGCCAUCGAGGAGCGCGACAACCCAGAGCUCCGCGGCAAGCCGAUGGCGGUCGGCGGCAUGUCGAUGAUCUCCACCUCCAACUACGUGGCGCGCCAGUAUGGCGUCCGCGCGGCCAUGCCGGGCUACAUCGGCAAGGCGCUUUGUCCAGAGCUGAUUCUGGUCAAGUCGCACUUUGACAAGUACAAGGCCGCCGCCGCCACCAUCCGCGGCAUCCUCGCCGAGUAUGACGAGCACGUCCAGGCCGUCUCGCUCGACGAAGCGUACGUAGACAUCACCGCCCGCGUGAAGGCGGUCAUGGAUGCCACAGGCAGUAGCCACGAGAUCGCAGCAGGUGGCGUUGUUGCCGAGAUGCGGCAGAGGAUUUUCGACGCGACACACCUGACGGCGUCAGCAGGCACCGGGCCCAACAAGCUGGUGGCCAAGAUCGCGGCCGACAUGAACAAGCCCAAUGGGCAGACGUAUGUGGCACCAGACCGCGAUGCUGUGCUCUCAUUUAUGGCGCGGCUCCCGGUCCGCAAAGUACCCGGCAUCGGCAAGGUCACGGCCCAAGUGCUUGACGCGCUUGGUGUGCGGACGUGUGCGGACGUGCUCGGCGAGCGCCGCGGCGAGCUCCUGCUCUUGUUCUCGGCCAAGUCGUCGCGGUUCUUCUUUCGCGCUGCGCUUGGCCUCGGCUCGGGCUCGUCAACUACCACAGACGUUGUUCGCGUCCGCAAGUCAAUCGGCCACGAGCGAACCUUUGGCGCAGUCUCAGCCCGCAACCAGCUCGUGGCCAAGCUCUCGUCGCUGGCCGGCAUGGUUGUCCGCGACAUGCAGGCCAAGAGCCUCAAAGGUGCGACGGUGGUACUCAAGCUCAAGACUACGGCGUUCAAGGUCAUCUCGCGGUCGACAACGCUCCGUGCGCCGACCGACGCCUUUGACGAUGUCUACGGCGCUGCUGUCGCCAUGCUCCACGAAGAGCUCCCGCUCACGCUUCGCCUCAUGGGCAUUCGCAUGACUGGUCUUGUCGACGCCCGCUCGGCCUCACUUCGCGACCACCUUGUCCGCGCUUCCGCCGCUCCGCUUCUCCCGCCGCUCGACUGCCCAGUCUGCUCUGCGCAGCUGCGGAUCUCGACCGCUGCCAUGAGCGCGCACGUCGAGGCAUGUCUCGAGGGUGUCACCGAGGACGCAGCCGCCAAGGCUGCUGCUGGCUCAGCUAAGGCCGGGCCUGCGGCCACGCUUGACACCUUUUUCGCGCACGCGCCUUUGCCACAUCGAGCAUCACGCGCCCGACGGCGAAAGAAGCCGCGGCGGCAGAGGAAGCAGGGCGCAAGCGCGGCUGGACAAGUCAUUGUGCUCGACUGAGUGCGGCGCUGCGUUCGCUCAAUAGCGGUAGCGGGUCGAGUAGUCGAUAGGCGAGACGGCAAGGCCCUUGCCCUGUGUAGCGGCCACGUAGACGGCCUCGAUGAUGGAGAUGAGAUCGUCCUCGUCCUCGAUGAGAAAGUUGAUCUUGUUGUUGUUGCCCGACGAGACGUCGACGAGGAUGUGGCGGUUGCGGUAGAAGAACAUGAUGGUGCACGAGUCAACGAGCUCGUACAUGACGGUAAACUCGGGAACCUCAGA